CUCCAGACCUCACCGACGACCCCGGUCGCCGCCGGCGCCCGUCCCCGCCACCAUGGCGGAGGCCGUCCACUACAUCCAUCUCCAGAACUUCAGCCGUUCGCUGCUGGAGACCCUCAACGGCCAACGUUUGGGCGGCCACUUCUGCGACGUGACGGUUCGUAUCCGCGAGGCCACCCUACGAGCCCACCGCUGCGUCUUGGCCGCCGGUAGCCCCUUCUUCCACGACAAGCUCCUCUUGGGUCACUCGGCCAUCGAGGUGCCACCCGUUGUCCCCAGCGGAGCCGUACGGCAGCUGGUAGAGUUUAUGUACAGCGGUUGCUUGGUGGUGGCCCAGUCGGAAGCUCUGCAGAUCCUCCCCGCCGCCUCCAUCCUCCAGAUCAAGACGGUCAUCGACGAGUGCACCCAAAUCAUCUCCCAGAGCCGCGGUCCCAAGGCGUUGGCCGAUCCCCGUCACAAACCGCUGCCGGUACCGCCGGUACCGUCGGAACCCGACGUUCGAUUCGGUCCGAGUGAGCCGGCGCCCAGCUGCCACAGCCGCAAGCAGCGGCAACCGCUGCGGCUCCAGUUGCCGGUGAAGGAGGAGGAAGAGGAGGAGGAGGAGGAAGGGGGAGGCGCCGCCAGCGCCGGUGAGGAAGGUUUCGCCCCGCCGCCCUUCGCCGCCGAGGAGACCCCGUUUUUCGGCGCUCCCGAGGUCUUCGCCGAUGCUUUCCUCCCUCCCUGGCCCGGCGAGGACGGGGGCAAGUUCGGGCCCGAUUGCAGCCUGGAGGCGCCGGGCCGGCCGCCGGCAUUUGGGGCCAAGGCAGCACCGGGUGGCAACGGUUUUGGUUUUGCGCCGCCACCGCCGCCGCCACCGCCGCCGCCGCCGCUCUACGAGGGGGGCGCGGAGGUGGGGCUAAGUGGUGGGGGUGUCCCCCCGACCCCCGAGGUGGCCCAGCCCGGCCCCUCACGCUGUCCCGAGCCCUCCUACCAGUGCGGCCACUGCCAGAAGACCUUUAGCUCCCGGAAGAACUACACCAAACACAUGUUCAUCCACUCCGGCGAGAAGCCCCACCAGUGCUCCAUCUGUUGGCGCUCCUUCUCACUCCGUGACUACCUGCUGAAGCACAUGGUGACCCACACGGGCGUCCGCGCCUUCCAGUGCGGCGUCUGCUGCAAACGCUUCACCCAGAAGAGCUCCCUCAAUGUCCACAUGCGCACCCACCGCCCCGAGCGCUUCCAGUGCCGCCUCUGCACCAAGGGUUUCUCCCACCGUACCCUCCUCGAGCGCCACGCCGCUGCCACCCACCCCGUGCCACCGCCGGGGCCACCGCCAGGGCCGCCGCCACCUGAAGCCGGGCUGGCAACGUGGCCAGGCGCCGAGGCUGCGGGUGCUGGCCCCACUCACACGGCGUGA